AGAGAGAGGGUGGGGGAGAAGGAGAGGAGGAAGAGCUGUGACAGCGCCUCAUCAGCCGCUGAACAACCAGGACGAGCUUACAUCCGAGUCGAAAGCUGUUGUCAAUCGCAGACGGAGUUUACAGCCUUUGUGCCACUUUUUUUUCUCCCCCCCGUUCGAUCUUUUGUUCCGCUGCGCCCUCCCACCCUCUCCCCGUGUGCUGCUCCCCCCCAGCCCUGCCRGUCGACCAUGGUUUCUAUAAUUUCAGACCUGGACCCUCUGAAAAGCUGGAACGUGUUAAGGCAGGACGCCACUGACCUCUCUGGACCGAUACAAAGUAACGGCACAGCCGGUAAGAUGAACGGGGCGCUGGAGCAUUCGGACCAGCCAGACCCAGACGCCAUCAAGAUGUUUGUGGGUCAGAUCCCUCGCUCUUGGUCAGAGAAAGAGCUAAAGGAGCUGUUUGAGCCGUACGGAGCCGUCUACCAGAUCAACAUCCUCCGAGACCGCAGCCAGAACCCUCCACAGAGCAAAGGCUGCUGUUUUGUCACGUUUUACACGAGGAAAGCUGCUCUUGAAGCCCAGAAUGCACUGCAUAACAUAAAGACUUUAACAGGGAUGCAUCACCCUAUUCAGAUGAAACCUGCAGACAGUGAGAAAUCUAAUGCUGUUGAGGACAGGAAGCUGUUUAUUGGCAUGGUGUCGAAGAAGUGCAACGAGAACGACAUCCGGGUCAUGUUUUCUGCGUUCGGACAGAUCGAGGAGUGCCGAAUCCUGCGAGGGCCCGACGGGCUCAGCAGAGGAUGUGCGUUUGUCACAUUUUCCACCAGAGCCAUGGCACAGAAUGCAAUYAAAGCCAUGCACCAGUCUCAGACUAUGGAGGGCUGCUCGUCCCCCAUCGUGGUGAAGUUCGCCGACACGCAGAAGGACAAGGAGCAGCGGCGUCUGCAGCAGCAGCUGGCGCAGCAGAUGCAGCAGCUCAACAGUGCGACCACCUGGGGGAGCCUGACAGGCCUGGGGGGCCUCACUCCACAGUAUCUGGCACUGCUUCAGCAGGCAGCCUCCUCCGGUAACCUCGGAGCCUUCAGCGGGAUCCAGCAGAUGGCCGGUAUGAGUGCUCUGCAGUUGCAGAACUUGGCCACUUUAGCGGCGGCGGCGGCGGCAGCCCAAAACUCGGCCAGCCCCUCCACCGCCAACCCCCUGUCGUCCAACGCCGCCUCCCUGGGAGCGCUGGCCAGCCCAGCGGCAAUCCUGCUUUGUGGGCAACGCUUUGAUGAGAUGAAGGCAGGCACUACAGCCAGCUCCAACGCCAGUGCCAUGAACUCUCUGACCUCUCUGGGCACCCUGCAGGGCCUGGCAGGUGCAACUGUGGGUCUGAACAACAUUAAUGCACUAGCAGGUAGCAUCAACAUUGCUCAAAUGCUCUCAGGUAUGGCGGCUCUAAACGGAGGCCUGGGUGGCGCAGGGCUCACCAACGGGACGGCAGGCACCAUGGACGCACUGACGCAGGCUUACUCAGGAAUCCAGCAGUACGCUGCCGCCGCACUGCCCACCCUCUACAGCCAGUCCCUGCUGCAGCAGCAAGGGGCCGCCGGCAGCCAAAAAGAGGGUCCCGAAGGUGCCAACCUCUUCAUCUACCACCUGCCCCAGGAGUUUGGAGACCAGGACUUACUGCAGAUGUUCAUGCCUUUCGGAAACGUGGUCUCUGCCAAAGUCUUCAUCGACAAACAGACUAACCUUAGCAAGUGCUUUGGCUUCGUCAGCUAUGACAAUCCCGUGUCGGCACAGGCAGCCAUCCAGGCCAUGAACGGCUUCCAGAUUGGCAUGAAGCGCCUGAAAGUGCAGCUGAAGCGAUCCAAGAAUGACAGCAAACCGUACUGAUCUUAGUACUAGGGUCUAUCUGCUCCCCCUGUUAGCACUGCUAGGAACCCAUCUCCAUGCCUGUUAGCUCAUCGUUUGCCUAGCAUGUCUMCGUGGCGUCCAAAAAAAAAAAAMMCAAACAAACAAAAACAAAAACUUUUUUAAGCAAAACAAACAAAAACACCACUGAAAAAAGUGCCAUCGUCCUCCUUCUACCCAGUCAUUAUUUUUUGAUGUCUUUUCCGAGCUCACCUGAUCAUAACCUGGUUCACCUCCUCCGCCGCUGCCAACUGACCUUUUGAACUUUUAGCUUUUUUUUUGGACUUUUUUUAGUAUUUUUGUUUUUUCGGGGUUUCUUUUUCUUGUGUUUUUUUGUUUUUGUUUUUGUUUUUGUUUGCAUGUGACCUCAUUUGGAUAUGUUUUCUGGGAGGGUUUCAGGGAGGCAAUAAGUAAGGUGGGCAAGAGGAUAAAUCAAUGUGAAAAAUAUAAAAAGCUGCAUUCGUAUUAAAAAAAAAGACAGAUUUUUAUGAAAAGAUCAAAAAUGUUCUUUUUUUGGGGAAAAAAAUCAAACCUGUGGCAUAGUGACUUGCUUUCAUUUUGAUUUCUUGCAUUUUGUUUUCCUCUUUCUGUAAGUUUUCAGUUUGUUUUUCUCUUUUUUUUUUCUUGAUUUUAAGUAAACUUGAACGUUCACUACAGGAAUUGGUGCGACAUCUUGCUUCUGGUUGCUGAUUUAGAAGAAAAAAAACGAAAAAAAAAAACACGGAGAAAGGAAAAAUGAACACGGCGCCAGAAGCAGUCCGUGCCAGUUUCUCUGAGAAAUAAGACUACUUCCGAACAGUUUUGAAUAAAAACUGUCUGAUCAAUAUUAGACUCUCUCAGAGCUCUGUAAUGGUUUUUACAUUUUUCAGGCAGUGUAAAGUUUUUUGAUAAAGCCAUUUUAAGUGGCUCUGUUUCUCAUUCAAAGUCUAUAUAUAGAACCACUUUUUUCUAGAGUAGUUUAAAGGUUUAAAAAAAAGAACAAAAAAAGACAUUUGCCCUGUUUGGGGGGAGAAAUGCUACCUACUUGUGUCACCUUUUGCUGAACUGACUCACAGAUAGACAAUCCGUGGUUUAAAUGCACAUGAUGAAAUGACCUAUAUUUUCUACUGUUUAAAUGUAUAGAAGAAAAAAAAUACGAUACCUGUAACCCGCGUUAAUGUCGGUGCUUCUUGUGAGUUUAGUUGUGGUUUCAUCACAAGUCUAACGGUCUUAAAUGUCUCAUGUUUUUCAAGAGAAGACUAAAAAAAUCAGUUUACUUGAACAAUAGACAAAGCCUUUCAUAUUACUAUAAUAGUUACUUUGUUAUUUCUUUUCUUUUCUUUUUUUUAAGGAGUCCCUAUUUGCUAAAUUUCUUGUUAAUUAGCUAUAUAAAAUUCCUAAAAAUAUAUAUAAAUAUAAAUAUAUCUAUAUCUAUAUAUAAUGUCAGCUUGUGAAGCAUCAGUGUCAUUAUUUUAUUUUCUCUCGUGGGAAACAAUAUUUAGAUGUGUUUUGUUGUUCGGCAAAAUGUCUUAUUAAGAAAAAAAAAAUACGACAUCAGUGGAGUUUAGUGCCAAAUUCUGAAGGUACUUCCUGCCUAGCGCGUCAGUGUAUUUCUUGUGAAAUAAUUUGAUAACAUGGGUAUUUUAUUAUAAGUGUUUUGUAUGGAUCCCUCAUAUUUAAAAUAUAGAUUUAAAAAAAGAGUUUGUUAACUUGCUAUUCUGUGGUCUUGUUGCCUGAAAAUGUCAUGUUUGCUUUUUUUUUCUUUGUAAAGAUGUAAAAAAGUGCCCAUGUGUCAUAUAUAUAUAUAAAUAUAAAUAUAAAUAUAUCUAUACACACACAUAUGCACACAUGGACACACAAACACUCUCGUGCGAACCUUACAGUUUACUUUUUCAAUGUGCAUGAGAGCCCCUGAGUGUGAAAGCCUCUUCAGCAACCGCUACCGCCCCACGCCAACACACCCAAGCAUCACGCUAUUUUUUUUAGCCAUUGUACAGCYGUUUUAUCCAUCGAAGCCUUACCACGAAUCUUUGCACUCCUGUUUAUACCCCAUCGGUAUCUCGCACARAGAAAAGUUUCAGCRUGCAGUGUUUUUCUUACUUCAKCCCGCUUUCGGCYRAUUAAAAAGCCAGAGACUCGAGCCUUAUUUCUCCRAAUCYUCUUUUUGUKCAGUUCCAAACAUUUCAGAGUCGUUUGUUUCUGAUUGCGAGAAUCAUUACUGCUGUGUAUCAUGUCUGAGGAGCGUUCAUGAUGUAAGCACAGGGCAAGACUAGCUCGUUCGGCCUGGAAUCUUUUGAGGAAUUAAAAAAAGCACACGUCGCCGUUGGACCGGCGUAACAGAAAAGGAAGCGGGACGGUCCAAAUGUCGCUGCUGUUCUUUUACUUUAGYGGAGACUUCUUCAUACGUAAGUCUUGUGGUGUAAUGGGCCAAAAUCAUGUAUAGAUGCCAAAGUUUGUUCUCGACAUUCACAUAGACGAGCCGUUUACAUGGCACAGUGUUGUYAGUCUUAUUCAACCCUCUACCCCCUCCCUGAUAACAAGUUAUGUCUGCAAAAAAACACAAAAAAAAAAGAGGCAGCAUUUUUUUCUACAAAAGCUCACCAAUCGCCUUAACCAGGGAGUCGUACCAGUAUUAUAAAAGUAGAAAAUGUUGUCAGUCAGUGAUAUGUGCCAAGUCUAGAUUCAGUGUUGUGUGCAGUUAACCUCCCACUUCCGCCAUUUCGUCCACAGCAGAGGGGGGGGAAAAAAUGAAGGGGAAAUUAGAAGCUUGAAGGAUGCUGCUCUGCUUUUCGGUUGUUGUCUCCCAGGCUGGCUGAGGUUAUUGGAAACAAGGCCACGCCGAGGAGCAUCUUAUUGGAAUAGCGACGGGGGAAAUAAAGCGCUUGUUGGUUCGAGAGGAAGAGGUCACGUCUGCAAGUCCGUACAGGAAAAACAACAGCCAGCGCCAAGACGAAGGCGAMCUGGCUUUCAUUAGAUCCUCUCGGAGACCAAACUUUUGCUGAUUUUUAUGGACAUCAGCAAGCAGAAAUUACCUUCCUUUUGUCCUAAUGCAGUACACAAGCCACAAACAGCUGUAUGAUAGCUGUGGAAAUCUUAAAAUUGCACAUUUUUCACCUUCACCUGCACAGUUCCUUAAAUGAGGGGGGGGCUACGUUCGUCACCCCAAAUUGUAAAAUUGCCAAAUCGCACCAACGCUGCACAGUCUAGCGUGACGCAUCUCGUCUUUGUUUCAAUGUGGAAGCACAAGAGGGUCGUAAAAGCAGAGUUUCUGUGGAGCGGCUCACCUCAGGGGCUGUCAUCGCCGAUGCUCGUUGUAAUCUUUCUAUCUCGUCACUGUUCACUUCUCUGUUCUCCUUCUUUCUUAAUUAUCUUAAGUGCUAUUUAUCAAAUAAUGAAAUCUGAAAGGACAAAAAAAAUGAUUCAAACUUGUUUAUUUGCAUUAUGGCUUAUGUCAAGUUUUUUGAGAAAAAAAAUUGUUUUGUGUGUUCUCUCUUUUUGUGGCGUAAGAAAAAAAAAAGCUUGUCGUCUGUGAAAAUUACCAGCUUUUUAAUUUUUUUUUUUUGUUGUUGUUGCUGUUGCUUUUCUUUCCUUCCAGUUCUCGAAAAAUGAUUUCAGUAGUUUUAUGAGUUAUUGUCUUGAGAGAAGCCAAAGUCAAUGCAUUUCAGUGGAUCUCGUAAAGCGUGAUGUUUGUUUGUUUGACAACACUUCGAAAUCUGUCACUGGAUGGGAUUUAAAAAGUACAAAAAAUGCAGGCUUUCCUAUUUCUACAACUGAUUGUACUUAUGCAUUUUGUACCAGUGGAAUUUUUUAUACUGGAGAUUAAAGGAUACAAAAAAAAAAAAUUAGAAAAAAGCUGUCUGGCCUGGUGGUGUGGCCUGACCCUGACUGAUCCUGAGUAUGAUUUCUAGCUGGCAUCAAGAAAGUUGGUUUUUGAUAUAAGAUUUUCUAAAAGAUCUUUGGCUUUAUUUCUUUCACUUCUUUUUCCUCACUUAAAUGUAUUUUUUUCUACCUUUCUUUCUUUUCUUUUUUUUGGUUUUGUUUAAUUUUUCCUCAAAACCAAGAGGGUAGUUGAGUGUCAGAUUUUUUGCUUUAGCAAGUUUGUCUAUACAACAGCGGUAAGUUUCAUUUGACUUCUGUAUUGUGUCUUCUACACGAUAAGACGAUUAUAGAAAAAGAAGGAGUAGAAAUAUUUAGUCACCUUCAGUGGAUUAAUGUAUUAGUUUAAUAAAGAGAUAAACUAAUUAGAAACUUUUUUGCUUUUAGCUGUUUAGAUUUUUCCCGUUACUCUGUCCUUCUCUGUGAACUAACUGUGUAGCUGAAGCAGUCAGAAUUAUUUUUGUAAACGUAUGUUCUUGUGUGAUGCAGUUUUUUGCUUCUGUCUCCUAUAUUAAACCAUUUUUCCUAAUA